GCCGGCACCGCCCGCCGCGGGCGGGGAGGCUGUGGGGGAGGCGGUAGGGCCGGGCCGGGCCGGGCCGGGUUGGGUUGAGGGGGCGGUUGCUGCUGUCGGCGCCGCGGGCGGCAGGUCUUCACCCCUUUACUUCACCUUCUGUGGUAGGGCGUGUUCCCUCCUCCAUCAGCACGCCGCCUGCUCCGACACUGUUCUGCCUUCUUCCUCCUGCAACUGUCUCUCCCUGUCCUGGAAGUGAACUGGUAUUUGCCCUCACCAUGUCAAGGAGUGUUAAUGAUGUGUUCCCUCUCCAUUGCAUUCCCCACCUGUCGUCUUGCUAGGAUCUAACUACAGAAUGAACAUAGCAGCUGUGUUUAAUGCCCUGCUCGUGUCUGUCCUCGCUGCUGUGCUGUGGAAAUACAUCAGACUGCGAGAGCAUGUCUUCAUGGUGGAAGAGGAGUUGGUUCUCACGCGUCAGUCUCAGGAACUCUCUCAGGUUCAGAUUGACUACCAUGCAGCUCUCCAGGCACUGGUGGAGGACGGUACCAAGAUGGUGUGCACCGGCAGGAUGCACACCGACCGCAUCUGCCGCUUUGAGUCCCUCUGCUACUCUACUGAGGCUGAGGAGUUCAUCUACUUUCACAGCAACUCCUCAGUCAUGCUGCCCAACCUGGGCUCCCGGAGGUUCCAGCCGGCUCUGCUCGACCUCUCCUCGGUGGAAGAUCACAACACCCAGUACUUCAACUUUGUGGAGCUGCCAGCUGCUGCGCUGAAAUUUAUGCCAAAGCCGGUCUUCGUGCCUGAUGUGGCGCUGAUAGCUAACAGGUUCAACCCAGACAACCUGAUGCACGUCUUUCAUGAUGACCUGCUCCCCAUUUAUUACACCAUGCGGCAGUUCUCGGAUUUAGAUCUGGAGGCACGGCUCUUCUUCAUGGAAGGGUGGAGUGAAGGUGUUCACUUUGACCUCUACAAGUUACUGAGUAACAAGCAGCCGCUCCUCAGGGAGCAGCUUAAAACCCUGGGCAGGCUCCUCUGCUUUACCAAAUCAUACGUGGGACUGUCCAAAAUCACCACCUGGUACCAGUAUGGAUUUGUGCAGCCGCAAGGGCCGAAGGCUAACAUCUUGGUUUCUGGUAAUGAGAUCAGGCAGUUCACCAAAUUCAUGAUGCAGAAGCUGAACAUCAGCUUGGAGGAAAGCUCCAGUGAGGAGUACAUCGUAGUGUUCAGUCGAACGAUCAACAGACUAAUCCUAAAUGAGGCAGAACUAAUCCUGGCUCUCGCUCAGGAGUUUCAGAUGAAAACCAUUACCGUCUCUCUGGAGGAGCACUCGUUUUCUGACAUCGUCCGGUUGAUCAGCAACGCGUCCAUGCUGGUCAGCAUGCACGGGGCCCAAUUAGUCAUGUCUCUCUUCCUGCCAAGAGGUGCCACGGUGGUGGAGCUCUUUCCUUAUGCUAUCAACCCUGAACACUAUACCCCUUACAAAACCCUGGCAACGCUUCCUGGCAUGGACCUGCAGUACGUUGCCUGGCAGAACACCGACAGGGAAGACACCGUUACCUACCCGGACAGACCUUGGGAUCAGGGUGGGAUUGCUCAUCUGGACAAAGCUGAGCAAGAGCGCAUCAUUAAAAGCACGGAGGUGCCGCGGCACCUCUGCUGCCGCAACCCCGAGUGGCUGUUCCGUGCCUACCAGGACACAAAGGUGAACAUCCCGUCUCUCAUCCACGUGAUCAGGCAGACGGUGAAGUCUAAGCCCGGGCCCAAGAAGCAGAAGUGGUCUGGUAGCCUCUACCCUGGCAAAGUGAGGGAUGCCAAGUGUCAAGCCUCUGUCCAGGGCACGAGCGAAGCUAAGCUUGCCGUGUCCUGGCAGAUCCCCUGGAACCUGAAGUAUCUCAAGGUCAGAGAAGUGAAAUACGAAGUGUGGAUACAAGAGCAAGGGGAAAACACUUACAUGCCUUAUAUAUUGUCCCAUCAGAAUCACACCUUCUCAGAAAACAUUAAGCCCUUCACAAUAUACCUGGUGUGGAUACGCUGCAUCUUCAACAAAAAUCUCCUGGGACCUUUUGCAGAUGUGCUCUUGUGUAGUACAUAACCUGUUGUGCUGCCUGUACAGCUUCGCCCUGCUCUCCACUCCAUCUGUGAUCUAAAACUUCUUGUCUUGUAGUUUGUAGAGGGAUGAAGAUGGCUAGACUGUACCAGUGCCUAAGUGUCCAUUUUAUUGCACUCCACGUGUAUUCUUUAAGUGGUAUUUAUUUCCAGUGAGUAUUUAAAAAAAAAAAACAAACAAACAAAAACAAACAAAAAAACCCCACCAAACCUCUGUGUUCUUCAGAGUAACUUCCAGGGGUUAAAUUACAUGCUGAAUGCAUGUAAUUGAAAACAGAAUGGAAGUGAAUUGUGUGUACCUUAGUCGUGAUUUAAAUUCGUUUCUAUUGUGUGGUGAGUAUUUAAGCACAGCGUUCAAACGCAGUUAAUUCCAUGUCUAGAUGGGCAAUUCUCAUCAGCUUUUUUAUUGUAAGUUAUUUUUUUCAAUAACUCUGUAACUUCGAGUUCAAGAUUUGGUACAAGAGCCUUCAUUAAACUGCUGUAAACCUCGA